AUGGGAAGUGAGCACUAUUGCCUAAGGUGGAACAAUCAUCAGAGCAACCUGCUGGGAGUAUUCAGCCAGUUGCUGCACGACGAGAGCCUGGUCGACGUCACGCUUGCCUGCUCCGAGGGUGCAUCCAUUAGGGCUCACAAGGUAGUGCUGUCUGCGUGUUCAUCGUACUUCCGAUCUCUGUUUGUUGAUCACCCGUCGCGUCAUCCCAUCGUGAUCCUCAAGGACGUGGGGUUGGAGGAGCUAAGGACCCUCGUCGACUUCAUGUACAAGGGCGAGGUCAACGUCCAGUACUGUCAACUGCCUGCUCUCCUUAAAACUGCUGAGAGCCUUCAGGUGAAAGGACUUGCUGAAAUGACUACCCUAAGCGCAGCCGGCAUUGAAACAAGAAAAGUUCAAGAACCAAUGGAAGAGUGCCAACCACAAGAUACGAGGGAGAGUUCAGAACCACAUGAGAAGGUAGACGGCAGAGAUCACAGGGACAAAGAAGAACGGCGGGAACUGAAAGACUCACGGGAAGUCCGUGAGAGAGAAAACAAAGAAACCCGUGACGUCAGAGAAACUCACGUGAGAGAAAGUCAUUCAAGAGAUUCUCGAGAGUCGAGAGAAUCAAGAGAACACAGAGAUAGAGAACAAAGAGAACCUCGUGAUUUAAGGGAAUCGCGAGAUAUUAGGGAAACAAGAGACCCUCGUGAUUUAAGGGAUCCCCGCGAUUUGCGGGAACAUAGAGAAUCUAGAGAAUCUAGAGACAUCUCACGAGACUUGAGGGAGGUUCGGGAUCCAAGGGAUUUACGAGAAUCUCGGGAACCUCGUGAUCAUAGAGAAAUGCCCGAGGCAUCACCCCCGAGAAUAUCGCCGUUAUUGUCAGUACGACGAUUUAGGUCUGACAUCACGGGCGAGACUCCAACCUUGUCACACCCUCCAAUCCCGAAAGAUGAACCUCCUGAUGAGCCCAUGCGAUCGUCUUCACCAGAAGAUGAUACGGUGUCGAUUAGAUCAAAUGGAGCACAAAAUGAAAAUAUCGGACUAAACAUGACUAUCAACAGUCAUAGCAGUAGCAGUGUGCUGGGUGCCCAUUAUUCUCCAGUGGAGCAGCGAUUAAGUGUCCUGAACACUAUAUCUCAUCCUGGAUUGACGCACCCAUCCCACGCAUCACUGUCAAGCCCGAGGAGUGAACCUAUAGCAGGACCCUCAGGACUACCUCCUGUGCAACAAGUACCCUUGUCUUUGAAGAAAGAAAUUGACUGGGAUAGGAGCAACGAGGACAAAGUGGGUGGCGAAACAUCAUCAGAGUAUCGAAUGCAGCACGAAUCUGAGUACGAUGGGUCCGGUAGGGGGCGAAUUGAUGAAGGGGAGAGGGGGUAUCCUUGCAUACACUGCGGGGCGGCGUUCCCGCACCAGAGCAAACUGACGAGGCACAUUCUGACGACGCAUACGCUUGACACGCUGAAGUACCGCGACGCGCUGCUGGGCAGGCCUCUCGGCUUGCCCAUGAUAGGGCAGUUCAGUGACCCCACUUACAUGAGUAUGCACGCAGAAGAGUCUCCAAUCGAGUUGGACAUAGGAGCGGUGGAGCCGGGCAACGUUGUGCUAUGCAAGUUUUGUGGGAAGAGUUUUCCGGACGUGUCAUCUUUAAUAACACAUUUACCUGUGCACACGGGCGACCGGCCGUUCAAGUGUGAAUUUUGUGGAAAGGCGUUUAAACUAAGGCAUCAUAUGAAGGAUCACUGUAGAGUUCACACAGGUGAACGGCCGUUUCGUUGCGGACUCUGUGGCAAGACGUUUUCGCGGUCGACUAUUCUGAAAGCCCAUGAGAAGACACAUUAUCCAAAGUACGCUCGCAAGUUUCUCUCGCCGAGUCCCGUCGACACGGAGGAAGAAAGCCCGCAUCAAUGA